UUUCGUACUUCCGCCGUCGCGAGCCGGAGGAGCGCGACGGUGUGCGCGCAGUGCACUCCCCACCGCGUGCGCGUAGUGUGUAACCCCCGCGCGACCGCCAUCUUUGUCAAGUGGGUAACCUUUGUUGAUUUGUGUGAAAUGUGACGCCGUUGUCGCGAGAUAAUUGGUGUUCGUGAUUACGUAUCCCGUGUUACGAUAGAACCCGGUGGACCUGCGAUCGCCUCGUGCUCUCUGGAUAUAUCGAUGGGAUCGCCGCGUACAGGGUCAGCGCAAUAGCUUGCGGUGAGGACGUGAGGAGGCGGUGAGGGGCUUAGCAUCCAAGCCGAGAAACUGAAGAGUUGCAACAGAAUGUAAACGUCUGCCGUUGAUCACGGCGUCGCCUAUCGGCAGAAGGAGGAGGAGGAGGAGGGCAGAAGGAAGCACCGGCCGUGACUUCGUCUUCGUCGACAACGUCGUCGUCGUCGCCGUCCGCGCCGCUCGCGCCGCCGACGGAGACGCGAUGGACGAGCCCGAGACGCCCGAGACAUGGUCAACCUGGUUUCUAGAUGCGAUCCGAAAGAUACGUAGUCAGAAACAGCGACCGAGCGUCGAGCGAAUAUGUCACGCUAUACGCCAGCAUCAUUAUUAUCACGAGGAGGAUAUCGCCGAACACUUGGAAAUUGCCGUGAAGCGCGGCGAUGUACUCAAAAUCUUCAACAAGGGUCAAUCCUCGUACAAGGAUCCAGGUAUUGUCCAAUCCAAGAAGCUUACGGUCACCAGAUCAGCAGAUCUCAGCAAGGUCUUGAGCAAGGCUGUACGUGAACUCGGCGAGCGCGACGGUUCGAGCCUGAGGAGUCUCGAGAGAUACAUUAGGCAGAGCCACGCCGUCGAGGAGAGUGCCGAGGGUGAUCUUAGAAUCUCCCUCAAACUUUCCGCCAAGCGAGCAGUUGAACGUGGACUGGUGAUUCAAGAUGGCAAGCUCUUUCGGCAAUCGGAAAGACCACAUGGCAAAAGAUUCAGCGAUGGCGGGGAACCGCCCGCGCCCAAGUUGCCGGCUCCAUUGCCGAUAUGCAGAGAGUGCCUCGGCGCCACGAUGGCCGGUAACAACAAUAAUAGCAAGCGGAACGCCAACGAAAAGCUAAGCAGGUGCUGCGUUUGUGGCGCGGCUCUACAUAAUUCUUGUGCGCCACCGGAGCUUUCGAUACUCGUCGAUCGAGGUAUAACUUGGUCCUGCGACGGUUGUUCGCCAACCUGCGCCGGCUGUGAGCUAGAACGGGAGUCGCAAAAUUAUCUCGUCAAGUGCGCCGAUUGCGUCAAGUGUUACCAUCCCGCUUGCAUCGAGCCUGCCCUCGACAAGAAAAUCAAGGCACCCUGGAAGUGCCGGCAUUGUCAAACAGCACACACGCCGGUCAACAAGGAAGAUGGUAAACGAGGCAAGGCGCAAGAUGCGAAUUCGAUCGACGACACGCCGACUAGCGCGAGGAAGAGGCUCAGCAAGUUACGCGAGAAUCGAAAAUCGAUGGUAUCCAGAAAGAGCUUGGCGAACGCGACUCCAGGCAAGAAAGGCAGUGCGGUAGUGGCUCAGGUUGACAGCAGCUCGGACGGUAAUGCGGGUGUUGUCUCCCCUCGUCAACCACCUAUGAUUUCCUCUCCUUUACCACAACCCCCCACCCCACUCGCAGGCCAGGGUAGGCUGCUAGAGGAAAAGAACGACAGGAUUUCCAAGGAGAAGCAAAAAUUCUUUAGAUUGAGAGCAUUUAAUGCUGAGCACAAUAAAUUGAAGCGGGUGGGGGGCGGUGAUAAAUCUAGGCCCUCGCGGAAUGUUAACAUUAGGUCAACUCGGGGCGGUGCCGCGAACCCGAAGAAAAUCGGAACGUCGCGCGUAUCUAGUAGCAGCAGCAGUAGCAGCAGCAGCAGCGAGGCUGGUAAUAGCAGUGAGAGUUCAGAGGGCAGUAACAGUAGCGAUGAAGAUGACGAUGAGGACGAUGAGGAGGGCAAUAGCUCGAGCGAGAGCAGCGAUUCCUCCUCAUCGGACGACGUCCAAGAUGGGAGAAUUAAUUCUCCUAAGGCGAAGGCGCCAUUCGCUUGUGACCUCGAUGAGGACAAGCCGUGGGGCUUUGCUGCCGCCGCAGCAAAGCUGAACGUAGACUCACCUUUCUUCAGUAAUAUCACCAACACUUUUGGCGCGUCUUUACCUAAACUCAAUGUGAGCGAUACACCGACCUUUGGCUUACACAUACAACAGCCAGCCAUUAUCAGUCCAUCGGAUAGUAAAAAGAAAGAUAAAUCCGAACGCAACGCUACCGGUGCUGCAAACACGGAUAACAAGGUCAAGCCCGGAAGCGGCCAAUUGAAAGGUCUCUUUGACGGCUUGAGUCACUUUUUUUCAGCAUCCGCAAAUAGCAGGGCAAGAUCGACUGGUGCACCGGCACCGAAUUAUGCUCCAGACCGAAGAAAAAGGCCUAACGUAGAAGAUACUGCUAAAACGAACAAAAUUCCGAAAGGAACACAGAGAAACAAACCAGACGAUUCGACUGGCACUAGUAAACUCAAGGAUCGUAAAAAGACUGAAGUUACUUUUGAGAUAUCGAGAUUACCGAAGCCCGGUAUCUUUGUACCUUCCGAGGAGAGUAUGUUAAGUUUGUUUAACGAGAAAUUACCGAGAAUGACGCCCUCUGGUCUGGUAAAAACUGCAGUGAAUAGUAAAAAACACGAACACGAGAGGAGAAAACUGAUGCGAGACGCACCGUCACUUGUAAAAUGCGCCGCGGAUCCAUCAUCGCCAUCAUCGAAACACGAACAGCAACAACAAUCACGAAAGAAACAAAUGGCUUCGGAUACGAACAUACGCCACCCUGUACCCGCCGUUGGGAAAUUCUCAGUCCUCGGUUUUGAUCCUAUCAAGUCAAAUCCCAAUCCAAAAUCCAAUCCACGAACCUGUACUAGCGCCACCACCACCAACACCACCACGACACCCCGCGCGACACCCUGCUCCAUCAGGAAGGAAGAACCAGUUGUACCGCAAACUUUACCCCCAGGAGUCACACAGAAAGACGUGGAUCUUAUCAAAGAAGCUCGUGAGAGGGCUAGGUUGACGGUUAGCAACGACGAGAAUGAACAAUCGUUGUGCGUUAACACGCCGAAUGCAUCCGGUAGCGCACCACGAAAUCCUGCCGCGAUAGUAUUCGGUCGUUACGAAGUGGAGACAUGGUAUUCGAGUCCGUUCCCUCAAGAAUAUGCGCGAUUACCGAAAUUGUUCUUCUGCGAAUUUUGUCUCAAGUACACGAAAAGCCGGGCUGUGCUGGACAGGCACAUGGACAAGUGUCAGUGGAGGCAUCCACCCGCCACCGAAAUUUAUAGGUGCGAUGGAUUAUCCGUGUUUGAGAUUGAUGGUAAUGUAAACAAAAUAUAUUGUCAAAAUCUGUGUUUACUGGCGAAGUUAUUUUUGGAUCACAAGACUCUCUACUAUGACGUCGAGCCGUUUCUCUUUUAUGCUAUGACCAAAAACGACAAACACGGCUGUCAUUUGGUAGGUUACUUUAGCAAGGAGAAACACUGUCCGGCUCAAAGGUACAACGUAUCCUGCAUUAUGACUCUGCCGCAGUAUCAACGACAAGGUUUUGGCAGGUUUCUCAUAGAAUUCAGUUACCUGUUAUCCAAGGUCGAAGGCCUCCCGGGAACACCGGAGAAACCGCUUUCGGACCUCGGUCGAGUGUCGUAUCAUUCCUUCUGGAAGAGCGUAGUGCUCGAAUACCUGGACACGCAUCGGAACGAUACUGAGAUCAAGCUGGGCGAUAUCACGAAGGAAACCGGCGUAUCUGCGCAUGAUAUCGCCACAGCAAUGCAAUUGCUUGGAUUUAUAAGGUCGGUUCAUUUACCAGGAGAUGUGAACACUAGUAAAGUGGCUGUGGUAGUCGAUUGGAGCAAAGUAGAUGCUCACAUGGCGAAAGUACGGAAGAGUUUACGCAUCAAACUGGACGCCGACUGUCUCAGAUGGAUACCGUUAGUCACGCAGAUCCCUAAUCCGUAUCAGAAUCAGGAGGAGAACGGUGACACUGGCUCGGAAAUGUCUCCUGCAGUUGAGCCUAAACCUAUGCCAGCUGUCGUCGAGAAGAUACAAAGAGUGAAGAUAAAGAAGAAAUCUCGGGCUAGAAGAGUAAGCCAAAGGAAAUCAACACCUUUGAAAUCGACAUCUUUGAAAUCAACACCUUCGAAAUCGACACCUGUAAAAUCAACACCUGUGAAACCGAAGGCUUCGCAAAAGACUGCAGCAUCUCACAAGGACGUUGUCAAAGAAGAGAAGGAUGUUAAAGAUACGAAGGAGAUUAAAAAAGAGUUGAGAGAACCAAAAGAAUCUGUAAAAGAAAGCCGUAACGUCGAGAGCACAGAGAAUCGGAAAGAUUCUCGCGCGGAAACAGACGCUAAGAGUACAACGUCUACACCAAGAAACGCGCGCGCCCUUGGCUCGGCAAGAAAUGCAACUCCUACGACAUCGUCAAAAUCGACGCCAGUAAUGACAAUGUCGAGGAGAAGGAUCAGACCACCUAAGACGCUUACGUCCGAAUCAAUCAUCACACCUUUAAGAAAACGAAAACAUUCCGAGAAGAUUGAGGCUGAGGAAGAGAAAGUUGAAGUCAGCAGUAGGAAAAGGACGCGAGAAUCUCUAAGAGAGAAAGAAAAGGAAAAGGAGAAAGAGCGAGAAAGCGAACGAGAGCGCGAGAAAGAGAAGAAUAAAGUAAGAGAGAGAGAUAAUAAAGCAAAAGAAAGAGAAUCUCUGAAAGAAACUUUGGUGGACACUAGAAAAACACCUCCUAAGUUAGAUUCUGUGUCGAGUCCACCUAAACUGGCAAAGAAACAAUGCAAAGUAGAUGAUAUUUUGUUGAAAGUUACCAGCAGACAAACUAAGUUGCAGGCAAAGGAAAAGAAAGCUCUGGAGGAUGCGACGCAGUGUAAUGGUAAAGAGGAAGCGCGGGAUAUUAAGAACUCUUCACUAUCUAGGCGGAGUAGAAGUAAAACGAUGGAAGCUCUAAAGAUGCCGCAACUCACGCCUGAAUCUCCCAGCACGAAGAAUAGAGCCGAAAGUCCUGUGAUACCGCCACCUUCAUUGUCUCCACCGCCUGAAUCGAUGAAGAGCUCUCCCGUUCGAGAUAAACAGCCGUCUGUGCCAGAGUCACCGUCCACGAAGCACUCCGGUAACAGCGAUAAUAAGAAUGAGGAGAGCGCGGAGGACAAUGGUUUGCCUGUUCCCACGGAAACGGAAGUAGUAUCCGCGAGUUCCGGCGAAUAUGAGGGCGGUGAUGAGGAUGAAGGGGAAGAGGAAGAAAUAACCGCACCAACGCCUAAACCAGUGAUGCAAUUGGCCUCGCCCAGCACGGAGAACCCCGUGAAAGAAUCGUGUGAGGAUGAGAAAGCGGAUAACAAGAUUCAGGAGAAAGACAACGACGAAAGUUCGUUGCAGAAGGUGGAAGCAGCGGAUCUAUCACCAACGGUCGGCGACGAUCAGACUGAAACUUUAAACGAAUGUGAUAAGGACUCCGAGAUUGACAAGCGCCCAGUUUGCAGUCCGGAGGCAUCGAAAUCAGUACCUGAACCAGUUGUUUCACCAAAAGAGGAGGAAGUCGAAAAAUCGGAGAGCAGCAUUAUGCCGAAGAAGGAUGAUGAUGAUAGCAAUAUCCCUCUUAAAGAGGAGCUCGUUAGCGAAACGCCGAAGGAUGUCAAAAUUGAUCUGUCGCGACCGAAAAUGGAACCUUUACCCGUAGAAAAGAAAGACACAUGCACUCUCAUCAACGCGGUGGUGACAUCGGAAGCCGAGCCUCUCACGCUGCAGGAGAAACCGUUGCCCACAGUAGAACAUCAGGAUACAACCUUGCAAUUACAAACUCAAACGGAGGAACUGAAACAGCAUUCGCCUGAGAGCGGUAAAACCACGCCACAUCUUGAAAAUCCGGGCUCAGUGAAGAGAACACCACCGUCGCAACCAGAUUUGCCAUCUAUGGGAGUCUACACACCGGACUCGACGACUAAUUCUGUGCACUCGUUGCAUUACAGCCAGUGCGAUCUGGAUGUGAGUCAAUUGGGCCUGGAAUCGCCCACUUCCAUAGCCAGUGAUCUUGCAUCGCAAAAUAGCGUGGAGAGACCUCCCAGUGCUUUACCGUCUAUUCCGCCGCCUGCAAACGUACCGAUCUCAGUCGCCAUGCAGAUUACAACGCCUGUUACGUCAUCGGUGUCGGUGAAUAUACCGCAGCAAGUGCAAUACGCCGAUUGCUCGAUGCCGCAGCAUACACCACCGACUCAUCAUCCGAGCAUCCAUCCACACACGAUGCAUCAGCCACAUACCCCGCAAUCCCUCCAGCAACCACGUACUCCGCAGAGCAUCCCGACCCAGAGCCCACAGCCACUUCCGCAGAGCCAUACGCCGCAACCGAUGCCACAAUCGCACACGCCGCAAAGUAUACCUACGCAGAGUCCGCAACCAUUGCCACCAAGCCAUACACCUCAGCCGUUGCCCCAAUCACAUACGCCACAACCAAUGCAACUAUCGUUGGCACAGCAAGCGCAGAGUCAAAGUAUGGCGCACAGUCAAUCUCAGUCUGCACAGUCGCAACAGCAACAACAAUCUACGCAUCAGCAACAGCCACAGCCUCAACAACAGCAAACUCAAUCUCAUCAAUCACACAGCAAGCGCGCCAGCGGUUCACAGACUACACAUAGAUCCAGAUCGACGCAACAGAGUAGUAGGUCACAUCGAGCCACUCCACCGGCUCAUGCUACCCAGACUUCUCAGCACAGCGUCGCGACAUCGCAGACCAGUCACAGCAAUGUGUCCGUGGCACACACGGCGCACAUUGCGAUGCCACCGCAAUAUCAGCAAUCGCCGUCGUCGAUGAGUGUACCACCCGCAGUACAUCCGCAUUCGCACACCCCGCACGCCGCGCAUUCCCACAACAUGGCAGUGAUUUCGCAAGGGAAUUAUAUGGCAGUAGCGGGUUCGCAGGGUUUCCCACAGAAUACCUACGCUGUGAUCCAACAUCGCAGCGGCCGUUCCGGUGCGCCGACACCUUGCACCACCGCUACGAAUUUCUACAUACAAACAAACCCGCCGAUGCCGCCACAUUCGCAUACCCCAGCGCCAACCCCACUCUCCACUUCCGGUGGUAGUCAUCAGACCACCAAUUCGUGCAGUCUGGCGAAAUUGCAACAGCUGACCAACGGUCUGGAGAUGAUACCGCCCACACCGCCACCGGCGAUGAACCUCACGCCACCGCCACCCAUCCCACAUACUAUGACACCACCGCAGACAUCGCGGCAGCUACCAACGCCACCUCAAGUUGGACCCUUGGGUUACGCAAAAAAUUAUUGUUACAACGUCAACACCGUGCCUCCCGGCACGCCCGGACCGCCUAGCCGAUCCACCUCGCGUUCUUCCGCGAACAAUAUGCCAUCGCUCACGCAGCCGUAUCCUAGCGAGAGUCUCUACCGGCAGACCCUCGAUCCGAGCGGUACCUGUCCACAGAUGCAAAGUGCGGCGAGCCGCGUUAGCCCGAAUGUUGCCCUCAACACGAAUCUCAUGGCAGCCGCCCAGUAUAGUUAUCGGGUAGCGCAACCAGCGACCGGUUAUAUGAAUCAAGCAGCGCAGCUUGGCGGCUUUAUGAACCAAGCGAGCCAGCUACCAGUCGGCGUAGUGAACGUACCAGCACCAUAUCCGCAGGACCCGCACCAACAGAAUCCGGCGGCUGUUUACACUACGUACCACGGUUACAUCAAUGGUGGCCUCAUGCAACCCCUCAACAGCUCCAUGAGGCCGCGCUAGCCACCGCA